AUGAAAAUUACAGCAAUUGGGCUUUGCUGUGUGGGGCUCAUUUAUUCGCUAUUAUCUUUGGCAGAAUAUACAAUCAUAUUUCAACUCAUCCCAAUCUGGUAUCAAGUGGGUAACCAUUAUACAAAAGGCGGAGUAAUUUGGAUCCUUAUUUAUCAUUGCUUUAUCACUCUUACAAUAACUUCACAUCUAAGAUCAAUGUUUAGCAAUCCAGGAUAUACUCCUACUAUGCAAGUCCCUGAUUCAGUCCCACUAGAGCAUUUGAGCUAUUGUGAUAAUUGCCAACAAUGAAAACCUCAAAGAACUCACCAUUGCCACAUAUGCAAGAAAUGUGUGCAUAAGAUGAAUCACCAUUGCCCUUGGAUUUGUAAUUGCAUAGGAGCUAAGACUCAAAAAAGUUUUAUAUUGCUAUUAGCGUACUCUUUUAUUCUUAACGGCAUAACGUUAUUUAUUAUUCUCUCCUCUAUUUGUUUUGCGAUGCAAGCUCAAAAUUAUAUAAUUCAAGAUUUUAAUAGAGCAUUAUUGAUCAUCAUUUUAAUUUUAAUUAUAAAUUUUUGUUGCCAAUUUUUUUGAAAAAUGCAAAUGGAAAUAAAAAUUUCUAUAGAUGGUUUUAAGAUGCCUAAUCAGACUUAUACUGUAUAAUGUAGGCGUUCAUAGUCCAUUUUUGCUGGUCGGUACAUUGUUUGGCCAUAUCUAUCUAUUCUAGUGCGCAAGCUAUAAUUUGGAUGAAAAUUUAUUUAUAAUUUUGCUAUCUGCUUUUAUCUCACUGUUUGCAAGCUUAUAUCUGGUGCAGCACAAAAAUAAUCCAGUGCUCCCCCAUAUCAGUACUCUAAAAAAUAUUUAGCUACAAUAAAUACUAAUUACCUAUAAUAAUAACAUCUCAACUAUAUCUUCCUGCUAAAUUAUAGCUUAGCGAUGCUUACAAUACACACUAAAUUUAAUAAUUGCAAUAUAACGCUAUUUUUUAUAUAUCAAAAAAAACAUUUUUUAAAAUUAAAAUGCACUUGACAAGUAAAGCGACAGAAUUAUUCCAAAAAAUUAAUUUCUGUAAUGCAGGGAGAGGUGGGCAGGUUCAAUACUUGGCAGUAUUAUAUCUUGUUUUUUCUGGAUUUUUAUUGUAUGAUCAAUUACUGAUAAUUAUAAAUAAUCAAACAGAAAUUGAAAAAAGGAACAAUAAGAUCGCAAUUACAACUUCAAUAUAUGAAAAUUUCAAGACUGUUUUAGGAAGUCACAUCACUUCAUGGUGAAAUCCUUUAACAGAAAUCCCAGACCCAGAUUAUACUGACUCCCGCUCUCCCAGUUGCAAAUAAAACAUUUUGCUAGCUGGCAUCAGGGAGGACUAAUUUUUUUUAAAAUUAUAUAUUAUUUUAGUAAACUUUCUUUUUCGAAAUUUUUAAUAAUCCCAUUUCGCAAAAACUGAGAAAUAAAAUUAAUUUAAUUUGCAAGCUUAUUAAAAUUAGCAUUAAAUUGAUUUUUCAUUAUAAUAAAUAUAACUUAUAUAUCCAAAUAUUUUUUCAUUUGAAAAAAAUUUUUUAUCGCUCUCAGAGGUUUUUUUUUACCAAAUAAUAGGGGAUUUUUCCUAUGGUUUUGUUCGCUCAUGGGUAUGGGAGUGAGGGAAAUAGUUACUCAAAUCAAAGUGGAAAAGUUUCAGAUUAAGAGAAUUUGGAUCGUUUUGGGAAUUUCCUUUGUCUUGAUAUUUUCUUUAUUCGCAACAAUAAUCAACAUGAUCUAG